AUGUACAAAACUUUAUUAUUAAGACGCUUACCAAUCAAUUUCAUAAGGAACGACCUUGUCGCACAAGUUUGUAGAAUCAAAAAAGUUCCUGUGAAUAACAACUAUCAAUAUGCAAGACAGCUUUCAGUUUCAUGUAUAUGCUGCAAGAAACGAAGGUCACCAGAGGAAAAGGUUGCAGAGAGUGAGAGUGGAGGCAGAUCGGCGAUUAGAUAUUCUCCAAAAAGUGCUGUGGUAGUGGGAAUAUGGCGAAAUAUGACUGUUAAAGAAAUAGCCAAUGUUCUUAACAAAGACAUAAAUCAUGUACUAAAAGCUCUAGAGUUUGCGGACAAAGAAUCCACAAUCACAUACACCAAAGACACUGUGAUACAUAAUCCCCAGAUCAUAAGAGAUGUUGUCAAAAUCUCUGGCUGUAGGUUCAAGAUUGUCCCCAAACCUGAUCAGGAAUUGCCAGAAGAUGAGAACAAAGAUGCCGUCCCAGCGCCUCCGGCCCCUCCAGAAGCUCUUAAGCCCCGUCCGCCAGUCGUGUGCGUGAUGGGUCACGUGGACCACGGGAAGACUACUCUGUUGGAUUCACUCAGAGACACGUCAGUGGUGGACCAAGAGUUCGGUGGUAUCACACAGCAUAUUGGCGCUUUUGAAGUGAAGCUGGGGUCAGGCGAGCGCGUGACGUUCCUGGACACGCCGGGCCAUGCCGCCUUCACCGCCAUGCGCUCGCGCGGGGCUCACGCCACCGACCUCGUCGUGCUCGUCGUGGCCGCCGACGACGGCGUCAUGGAGCAGACCCUGGAGUCCAUCCGCAUGGCCAGGGAAGCCAACGUUCCUAUAUUGGUGGCCAUCAACAAAAUCGACAAGCCAGGUGUGAACAUUGAGAAAAUAAUGCGUGCGCUAUCAACCCAUGGCAUUGUCUGCGAAGAGUUAGGGGGCGACAUCCAGGCCAUACCGAUAUCAGCUCUGAAGAAGCAGAACUUAGACACUUUAGUUGAAGCGCUGACUCUGCAGGCACAGUUGAUGGAAUUGAAGGCAGAUCCAGGGGGUUACGUUGAAGGUGUGGUUCUUGAGGCUCAGAUGGAUGCCAGAAGUGGGAAACAAGCAACAGUAUUAGUACAACGAGGCACGUUGAGGCGAGGAUGUGUCAUCGUCGCUGGCAACGGUUGGGCUAAGGUUCGGGUACUAAACUCGGCCGACGGCAGAUCGAUCCAGGAAGCUCCGCCUUCGACGCCGGUGUCGGUCCUGGGUUGGAAGGAGAUGCCCUCGGCGGGAGACCAGGUGCUCGAAGUUAGCUCUGAGAAACGUGCGAACGAAGUGAUGAAAUGGCGCAGCGGCCAGCGCAUGAGGCAGAAGCAGGAGGCGGACGCGGAGCAGAUCGCGGCGCGCUCGGCGCAGCACCAGGCGCGCUACUCGGCCGCGCUCGCCGCCAAGCGCGCGCUCGGCCGCUACCGCCUGCGCCCCGCCGGCCCGCGCCACAAGAUGAUACAGCCCGACGCGCACCCCGCGCUCGCCCUGCUCGUUAAAGAGGUGACACACCCUACACUCACUGUACUCGGCCGCGCUCGCCGCCAAGCGCGCGCUCGGCCGCUACCGCCUGCGCCCCGCCGGCCCGCGCCACAAGAUGAUACAGCCCGACGCGCACCCCGCGCUCGCCCUGCUCGUUAA